GAGGAAGAAGAAGAAGAAGAAGAACCAUUAGAAGAACAAAAUCAACAAAACAGGAAUGGUGAUGACGAUGAUAUCAAUAGUAAAAAUAUGCCGGAUUUGGAUUUGGCGGCAGAACAUGGUUAUUAUGAAAAUAAUAAUAAUAACAAUGAUAGUGGUAUAAUGGAUGAUCAACAAAGUGAUCAUAGUUCUUUCAUGUCAAGUCCCUCCAUCAUUACGGUAUCUGGUCAACCUCCUACUCAUUUUGGUUCCACUCAAGAAUUUAAGGUGGCAAGAGAAGGCUGGCUUUAUAAAAAAAAUAGUUUAAUGCAAUGGCGACCAGUUUAUGCUGUAGCGAAACAUGGGAAUGCAAUCAAACCUGGGGCUUUGUAUCUUUACAAGGAUGACAAGUUUGCCAAUCAUAUUCAUACAUAUGAUAUGAGUGAAGUGGUGGAAGUGGAACCUCGUACUCAAGAUUAUCGGGCAGGUAUCAAGUGGGAAUUCCGAUUACUGGUGAAACGAGAUGAUGUUGUUUUAGCAACCGAUGAUGUGACAGCACGAAAGGAUUGGAUUAAUUCUCUGACAUCCAUAAUGGGCAAGGUAUCACUGGCCAGUCAUACAGAAUUGCAGUCUCGAACGGUUUCCAUGGAACAAUUGAAUCGACAACUUCAAGUAACCAACACAUCAUUGGAACAAGACAUUGCUCAACUCAAACAUGACCUGAUGGAAGCACAAAAACGAGAACGGUCUUUGACAAGUGAACAUACAGCACGUGAAUCUGGUCUAACAACAGAACUCGAACAUGUAAGACAAACUCUCCAAGAACAACAACGCGAACUCGGUAUAUGGCGAUCCAAGGCAGAUGAACUGGAAAAACAGAAAAUGUCCUGGCAAGCAAAAGCUCAAGAUUGGCAAGCACAAGCUCAUGAAUGGCGUGAUCGCGUAGCAGUAUUAGAGGAUGAACGUGACCAACUUUUGGAUGAAAAGGAGCUUUUGGUGGAAGAAAAGGAACAUCUUUUGGAUGAAAAGGAUCAACUUUUGGAUGAAAAGGAACAACAAUGGGUCAUGAUGAAUUCUGCAAGUUCUUAUCAAAACACACUUCGUGAUGUUAAAUACCAACUACAAUCUCUUCGUGAUCAAAUCAAAGAUCCUCUCUUGCAAGGUCAUGUCAUGGAUAUUAAGACUGGUGUAUCGAAAUUGGUGACUACUUUUGAUGAUUCUCGCCGUGGAUGGACCGAACUUCAAACUGAUAUUGUCAAAUUAUUGGAAUCUGAAGGAGAUGAUCGUGUUCAACUAUUGGAAACCUUGCAGUCAGAUCUCUCUCAUCUACGUGAUGCUACUUGUGGUGAUUAUGAUAAACUAGCGACUCUACUAGCGGAUAUCCAAUCAUCUCAAGCCGUGCUUCUGGAAACAAUGAUGAAGAACGAUACCACAGCCAUGGAAGGUGCUAUCAAAAUCUGGCAAGAACAACAACAAAAGCAAUCGCAAGAAAUGAUGGAAUUACAACAGACAUGGUUAAAAGAAACACAAACCAAACUGAUGGAUCAAUCCAAAAAGACAGGCAAGGAUGAAUUCACACGAUUGGAAACGCAUGAUCAGCAAAAACGUAUUCUGUCAGUAUUGGAAGGUCAAUUGGAUACUCUCAAGAAUAAUCAAGAACGAGAUCAUGAAGAGUCUGAUAGAAGUUUCAAGGUCCUUGGUCAAUUAUUCCAGCAUGUGAUCCAACAAUUAGAUGAUAUGGUUGUACCGGAUAUAUCUCACCAUUUGGAAGAACUUGUGGAGCGACUAGCUACCAUUGAUCAGCGACUUCAUCGUAUUCAACUAUAUCGUCCUCAAAAUGGUGGUGAUAAUGAUGAUCUUCAAAAGAUGCCCAUGGAUGACGAAGAUAUACGUGAACUUGUGCUUGGCACCCGUGGAUUUAUGGAACGUACUUUACGAGUACUGGACCGAUUUGGUGGAAGUCAAUCUGGAUUGGAAGAAACCGUGCGUCGAGCUGUCAAGAGUGCAUUCAACAGUCAUCUGGAUGUCAAUUGGAAGGACCCUCAACAAAAUGAAGAAAAACUCAAACGAUAUGAAGAAAAUGCUCGGGGUUACAUUGACAAGGCGAUGUCUGGUAUGAGAGGCCAUUUGGAAGACUAUACUGGGGUGAUGUACAAGAUGAUUGAAGACUUGAUUUUACAUGCAGUACAACAUUUGGAAAAUAACAACAAUGAAAGAAAGGAUGAUUUACAAAAGGAACAACAAGACCGAUUAUCAACAGAAAUUGAUCGAUUGAAGAAACAAAAGGAUGAAUUGGAAACACUGAUCAAACAAUUGGGCAAGGAUAAUGAUCAAGUAUCUUUGGAACUUCAUAAGAAAAAAAUGGAAUUACAAGCAUGUCAAACUGAAUACGAUCGACUACAACGACAAAUCCAACAAGCUCGACAUGAUAGUUUGGCAGCCAUGGCCCGUGAUCUUGAACCACUUGUUCGUCAAAUUAAUAAAUUGAAACAAUCUGUUCAUGAUGAACAUCAAGAAGAAGAAGAAUCUACUAAUCGACGCUUCAAAUCAUCCAGGGAUCGAACAUUGUCAAGUUAUUUGAAUAGGAAUUAG